AGCAUAUGGAGUGCAAUGUCACAGUAAUAUCUUAUUGGACCAAUUUCUCUGGGUAAGAGAAGCUUUUGAGCCACACCGAGCCCUUCUUCAGGGUGAAGGAGACUUUCCUCCCUUGUAUUUAGUUUGGGCCCACCCUGCUCCAGGACCACUGAGGAGUCCAUGGCUAUGAUGGGCUGGGACCCUCUGCCCAAACCCUGGCUGGGAAGCUGUGAGAUCUGUGCUCCAAGAGCUGCCCCGGGGCAGGUGUGUGGCCUUGCCUAGGUUGUCAUAUGCUAGGGCUAAAGUGUGGAUUCUACAGCUCAUAGAGAAGAAAGAGCUAUGUGUGGGAUGGGGCCAAGCUUCUCCUGCUAGGCUCAGACUCCUUUGGGUGCCUGAUGACCUUAGAGCUGGGCUGGCCCCCCCUCAUGCUGAAGAAAUUCUGGUUUGCACAUGCCACAGAGUAUUAGGGGUCUCUCGCUGCCCCCUCAAGGUACAGAGGUGCUGGCUUGGCACCUGAGCUGUGUGGGAUGCCUGUAGCCAAAACUGCCUGGGUAUAGCAAUCUCCCCAGUGGGCAGAGCUGUGAGUUACCACCUCUCUUCCUCCCCACUCAGACUCUGCUGGGGAGCCCCUGCAGCUGGCCAUCUGGCUGAUGGGUUCCUGGGUGCAGGAGAUGCUGUGAACAGGGAGAGGUUAACCUGUCUGAGCCUGUCGCAGCAGCUGCCUGCCUGACCUUGGGGAGCCCAGGAUUAACUCAGGCAAACUCCCACCUCAGCCAAACCUGCUGCUAAAAGGGGCCUUGACAGCCAGCCCUAGGCUCGCAUCUGUCAGGGCAGAACCAAGUAGCUGAGACCUGCUCACCAUGGUGGCAGCCACUUUGGGCUCUGUGGGAGGGGAGCUAGCUAUGCCAGCAUGCAGCAGCAGCGGGCACUGUGCCCACUUGAGCAGGCCCCAGUGCCUAGGCAGUGUCUAUUCUCUGCUGCUACUGAAGGCAGGGAAGGUGAAAGCUGAGUGGGGGACAGCUACAUGAGCCAGGUGUAUGUGUGGUCUGUGCUCACAUACUGGGACCCACAGAGGAAGCUGCAGGGACAGUGAAAGCCUCUCCAUGCCUGUUUCUCUGGGGAAGCUUCUCUACCUUGCUGUCACCCUUCUGCAGGGGAACUGGGGGGCAGGGUGGUGUCCUGAGGAACUGGGAUAGGAGGACAUAAGUCCCAGGCACUGGGGGGUCAAAUGCAGCAGCUGGCAAAGUAUAGGGCCCAAACUUUGGGGUUGGGUUAUGUGGGGCCUUGGGCUCAGGCAUGGGAGGGGAGGUUUGGAAGCUGGGGUGGUGCAGAUGCAGGGUCAGGUCUCGGGCUCUGGGAUGGGGUGCUGGGAUGCAGGCUCGGCCCUUCGUAACAGGUUUCUCCCUCUGCAGGUGUGGUGCUCAUGAGUACUGCUGUGUCUCUAAUGCCAGGAGGGUGAGAGUCUGGCCAAGAUCUUUAUGGUGUUGGACCUGGAGGUGCUCCCUAGAGAGAAGAUGGCUUCCCCCUUCAAGCUCAUUGCACACACACACCAUUCUCCCCAGAGGCACCUGCAGGACUGCAUGGGCAGUGGGAACCUGGGGCUGCUAAGCCAACAUGCCUGCUUUUGCUUUGCUGUCACCAGGCCAUUCCAGGAGGCAGAGGGUGUGGAUUAGCGCUGUGUCUGGGCCAUGUGCCCUGGGGGUGCUGCCUGCCCAGCCCUGCUCCUGGCAUUGCACUGACCACCCUUCCUGGCCAUACUCAGGAAGGCAGCUGAUGCACAGGCUCUGGAAAGCAGGAACCCAACAAGCCACUGCUCUUGCUCUGGCUUUGCUGAGACUCCCAUGCUCUGCUGGAUCUGAUGGGAGGAACUGGGCUCUGCGGAGGAGGGGCCUAGACAGACUGUGACCCCAUAAGGGAUGGUAUUUGUGCUGCUCCUUAUGGGGUGGGGGAAGAAUGAACAGGCAGCAGGCGGGAACGUUGCGAGUAGAACUAGGUGUAGGCAGGAAAGGGUUCGGUGAGACACCACGGAGCGGAAGCAAACCCGGCCCAGGCCUGUCACGAAUUGCGAAGUCUAACAUCCGGCUUCCGGCGUAAUACUGUAAGCGGUCCGGCCCCGCACCACUUCCCUCCUCUUUUAGCACAUUCUGGCCCACCAGGACAGCCAGAAGGGAGCGAGCCGGAGCGGAUAGAGAAAGGUAGCGGGGCAAGAUGGCGUCUUCUGCGCGGUGGAAUCACGUGUGGGUUGGAUCCGAGACUGGCAUCCUGAAAGGGGUGAACCUGCGGCGGAGACAGGCCACCAACUAUGUGGCGGCCUCGGCACUGCGCCGGGAUGAGGGCGUCUGCGCCAUGUGCUGGGGGGACCCCUCCGAGUCCGAGAUCCUCGUCGGCUGCCUGGAUCGGUCGGUGAAGCUGUUCAGCACCGAGAAGGGAAAGUUCACAGAGUCGCGGCAAUGUCUGGGCGGGGAGGGCUCGUUCUGCGGCCUGGCCGUGCACGACAGUUCCAUCAUCACCUGUGUGGAGUCUGGUCUCCUCAAGGUCUGGCGGGAUGCCUCAUCUGAAAACAUGGAAACCCAGGUGGGGGCUGGCGUGUGCCGUAUGCGCCAGAACCCUGCCCAGCCGCAGUCUGUGGGGACAGGUGGGAAGGAGAACGCUCUGAAGGUCUGGGACUUGCACCGGCCUGAGGAACCCAUCUUCCGUGCCAAAAAUGUGCGGAAUGACUGGCUCAAUCUCCGAGUCCCUGUGUGGGAGCGUGACCUGCAGUUCCUACCUGGCUCUGAGAAGAUUGUCACCUGCACUGGGCACCACCAGGUGCGGCUGUACGACCCCAGCUCCCCACAGCGGCGCCCUGUGCUGGAGGCAACCUAUGGGGAAUACCCCCUCACAGCCCUCUCCCUCACCCCUGGUGCUGACUCUGUGGUGGUAGGCAGCUCGCACGGGGACAUGGCUGUCAUUGACCUGCGGCAAGCAGGACGGCUGGUGAAAUGCCUGAAGGGCUUUGCUGGGAGUGUGCGCAGCGUCCAGUGUCACCCCACCCUCCCACUCGUGGCUUCCUGUGGCCUUGACCGCUUCCUGCGGGUACAUAAUAUCGAGGACAAGCACCUGGUACACAAGGUGUAUCUGAAGUCCCGGUUGAACUGCCUGCUGCUGACCAGCCGUGAGAAGUGGGAUGAUGAAGAACCUGAACCUGCAGCCCCCCAAGCAGACGUGAAGGAGGAAAAAGAUGAGCUGUGGGAUGGCAUGGAGACGGUGGCUACCAAAACAGUGCUCAAGCGCAGGGCGGACCCCAAUGUCCGGGAGACCCAGCUAGGCAAGCGUCCCAAGAAGCAGAAGAGAACAAGCGCUGGGCCUUGAGGGGGGCGAGUGGGGAGCUUAUGCCCCAGCCAGAAAGGAUAAUGAACUCGCUCCCUACCCCGGCCAUAGGGACUCCUGCCUGGACAAGGGGAGGGGAAGCCUCAUGUCUCUGCUGGCCAGAGGCACCAGCCUCUCCCCUGCUGCUGAAAGGGACUGGGGUGGAGUGGGGGUGGAAAUGUGCCAGCCCUAGCUGGGGUUGGCAGGGCCCUAACCUCUCAGAGAAUGCUGCCCCCGCUUGGACAAGGUGGGUUGAGCUGGGGGCAGUCACAGCCCGCUGUGGGGCUGGAGGGCAGAGCUGGGUCCAUUAAGGCCCAUUCCAUUGGCCAGCAAGUGGAGCAGAUAUUUUGGGUAAGAGAUUUGGACCUACCCCCUGGACACCCAAGCUGUAAUGGCCAUCACACAGCAGUGUAAAAAUAACCUGUAACCGUG